AUGAAGUUAGGACCGUCGCAUGGCGUGCCUGAUGUGUUUAAGUACAGCGAUGAUUGGAUUAAGAAGGUUCUAGAAGAAAACGGGUUGAAUAAGAAAGGAGAGGAGAUUAGUAGGGCAGGAGGUGAAGGUUCGGGGAAUAAUGACGGUGGGGGCAGUGGAGCAGGUUUCGGGGAAGGUGGUGCUAACGGGUUGGACGGAGGCGGGAGCCCAGGCUCGGAGAAACCAGGCUCGGAGAAGCCAGGCUCGGAGAAGCCUAAGCCGAAGCGUCCUUUGGUUCGGAACGAGAUCCCGUUUGAGCUCCAGCUUCGGUACGAGAUUGCUGUGGUUAAGCGCGCUCGGCCGCACUUAGAGAACAGAGUGAUUGCUGCUGCUAUCAGGGCUAAGUACGGAGUGGAAAUGACCCCGAGGGCAAUAAGGAAGAUCGGGGAGGAGAGUGAUAAGUGGUUUAGGCUGGCUGCAGGAGUGGUCUCAGAUCCUGACCAAUCACGAAUGGAGGAGGCUUUAGCGGAGUGGGUGAUUAAAGAGGAGGAGACGGAGAAGAGGGAGGUGACUAUAGAGGAGAUUAUAGCGAAGGCAAAGGAGAUUGGGCCGGGGUAUAAGGUGCGGCCGAAUUUCAAGUGGGUGGACGAGCAGCAGGGGGCGGGAGACGAGGAGAGGGGAACCGGGGAGAGGGAUGUGGGAGAAAGGGAAAGUCGGGAGGGUGGUUUUGGGGGGGUUGAAGGGACUGAGGGGGCUGAUGCGGAUGGUGAUAAUGGUGGUGAUGGCGAUGGCAGUAGUGAUUGGGUUGGUGAUGGUGGUGCGGGUGGUGGUGCUGAUGGUGAUGGUGCUGCUGCUGCUGCUGGUGCUGCUGCUGGUGCUGCUGCUGGUGGUGGUGAUGGGGAUGGUGGUGGUGAUGGUGAUGGUGCUGCUGCUGCUGCUGCUGGUGCUGCUGCUGGUGCUGCUGCUGGUGGUGGUGAUGGGGAUGGUGAUGGGGAUGGUGGUGGUGAGGGUGGUGGUGUGGAGAAACAAAGGCAUGCGGCACACAUUGCGGAACACAGUGCGCCACACAGUGCAGCCACAGAAGCUGGUGCUGUCAUCAUCCUCACAGCGGAGGGGGAAGCACUGGAUGAGGACAACAGUGAAGGAGAAGAAGCAGAACGAGGCCCAGUGGCGCUCGUCGUACUGGAUGGGGAUGAUGCAUCCGAGGAGGGAGGUCUAGGCCACUCUGAUGGUGCACGCGCAGCAGGGUCCGAUACAGACAAGGGUGGUUGUAAUGCUCACAGCACGCCCACUGGCGUCUCUUCCCCCAUACCCAUUGUUCUCGCCCUUGCUGCCGCCAACGAUCCCGAUACCCCCACCACAACCCUUCCCACCUCUUCCCAAGCUGCCCUGGCUUCUCAAGCCUCGAACCCCCCCAAUUCCUCCCAAGCCGCAUGGGCUGCCGAAACCACAGAAAAGGCUCCUAUCCCCCCCUAUUCCGAUGAUUCGAAGCGUUGCACGGUCAGGGAGCUGACGGUGGGUCAGAAGCGCGCCUUCUGCCUCGUGCGCCACGCCCUGCCGUACCUGCGCCGAACCAACAUCCACGAGCUCGCCAAGGCUGCGCUGCCGGCUUGGGGAGCGCGCGUGUCGUUUGAUACUGUAAAGUAUGUGGUGAGGGACAGCUGGUGGUGGCUGAAGAUUCCACGGGGGAAGGAGGAAGAAAUGAAGAAUAAACCAAGGAAAAAGAGGAGGAGUAGGAAAGAGAAGGGCACAGGGCAGUGCGCGAAGCUGGAAGAGGCGUUAUGGAAGUGGAUAGAGGGGAUAGGAGCAGCGGAGUUGGUGACGAAAGGAAGGGUAAAGGAUCGGAUGUUGGUGAUGGAAGUGGGGGUGCGGGGUAGGGGUGGGACAGGCGGGAAGAGCGGAGAUGGGAGAAGGAGGCGGCAUUGCUCGUCUGAGUUCCCUCAAAACCCUCAAUUGUCCGCCCCUGUUUUUCUGACGCUGGAGAUGAUCAGAGGCAUGGCGAAGGAGCUAGGACCGACUUUAGACGCUCCUCCUGGAUUCAAGUACGCGGAGAACUGGGUGCGGAGGGUUAUAGCGCGGUUCCAGGCAAAGGCGAGGAGUGAGGGGGAGGGGCGAGCGGAAGGGGUGGAUGGGGAUAGGGUGGAGGGUGGGGAGGAUGAGGAGGGAGUGGAUGGGGAUUGGUCAGACGAGGAGUCGUAUGGUGAUGGGGAGAGUGAUGAGGAGAGUGAUGAGGGGGAGGAAGAGGAUGAGAGUAACGAGGGUUCAAGUGAGGAUGAUGAUGUGGUGGAGGUGGGAGGAGGAGGUGAAGGGGGGAAGAAGAGAGGGCGGAGCGGGGAGACAGCAGCGCAGAACUCGGAGCAUGCAAGGGGUGGGAAACGGGGGAAAAUCGCCACACCUUCGGGAGACAUACAAGUUGCUGCUGCUGCUGCUGCUGCUGCUGCUGCUGCUGCUACUGCCGCCGCUCCUUGUGCCGGGGCUGAUCAGGACCCGCACCGGUAUGCGCUGCACAAGUGGGCGGACGAUCCGGACCUUUCCAGCCUCAUGCGGUGCGUGCUCGGGCCAGACUGGCUCACACAGUGCACCCGAAGAGGCGGCAUUGCGUAUGAGAACAACGGCAGCUUGACUGCUGAUGCUGCUGUUGCCGACUGCCGCCCUCCCCGCCAUCGCCGUGCGGUUGCUACAGGCGCUGCUACUGCUGCUGCUGGGUUCAGCAGUUCUCUGGCUGGUGCGGCCGGUGGCCGUACCGUUAUGUACCGUUAUGAACCGCAUGGGGAUUCAUGGACAGCUGUCGCUGCUGGUGCUCGAGUCACAAGGAGCCAGGCUUUCGCAAGAACAGCAAGAGGAGUAGGAGGAGGAGGAGGAGGAGGAGGAGGAGGAGGAGGAGGAGGAGGAGGAGGAGGAGGAGGAGGAGGAGGAGGAGGAGGAGGAGGAGGAGGAGGAGGAGGAGGAGGAGGAGGAGGAGGAGGAGGAGGAGGAGGAGGAGGAGGAGGAGGAGGAGGAGGAGGAGGAGGAGGAGGAGGAGGAGGAGGAGCGGGUAUAGCAGGCACGGCAGGUGUCAAAGGUAUAGCAGGCAAAGCAGGUGUGACUGGCACACCAGGGGGCACAGCAGGGGGCACUGCAGGGGGCACAGCAGGGGACUGGUACACAGCAGGAUCACCACUCAAUUUCCAGCAGCUCAACCUGCCCGGCCCACACCAGUUGCGUGCAACCCCACAGCACACCGGCCAUUCACCCCACUCCCACACGUAUGGCUUCGCUUCUCAAACACAACCUGCUGCUGCCACGUCACCUGCUGCUGCUGCUGCUGCACCUGGUGUUGGGCCGGCUGCAGGAGGGGCGGCUGCUGCAGCUGCGGCACUGCUUGCAGCAGCACUGGGCGCUGGUGGUGGUGCUGGUGUUGGUGGUAUAGCCGGUGCUCUGGGUGGUGGUUUUGGUGGGUUCGGUAACGCUGCUGGUGGUGCUGGUGCAAGCGGUGGUGCAUUGGCCAGUGCAGGCAAUCUGGGGGCCCUGGUGAACGCGAGUGCAGGGGCUAUUCAAGGAUCAGGAGAUGGUAACCAGCAGCAGCAGAUGCUGCUGCUGCUCACUCUCUUGGCCGCACAGGCCGCAGGAGGAGGUGCCGGAGGGGGCGUGGAGGGGGGUGUGGAAGGGGGUGUGGGAGGGGGUUUGGGAGGGAGUGUGGGUUUAGGUUUUGGAGGAGCAGGAGGGGUAGGAGCUGGAGCUGGAGCAGGAGCAGGAGGAGAUUUGGGAUGGGGAGCUGGGGGAGUGGUUAGUGAACGAGAGGGGAGGAGGGAGAGGAAGGCGCGGGAGAAGGAGCGGAAGAGAGAGAAGAAGAGAAGGAGAGCAGAGGAGAAGGCUCGGAGACGAGCGGAGAGACGGGGUGGGAGUGACUGGAGGGAUUCGAUAAGUGAAAGACAUGGGGAAAAGGGGGAAAGGCACAGGACAAAGGGAGACAAGUAUGGGUCGGAGGCAGGCGGGCGGCGUGCGUCGUUUGAGAGUGCGUGGCAUGUGCUGGUGGGUGCGGGAUCAGGUGGUGAGAGUGGGGAUGGAGAGGGGAAGAGGAGGGGUGAAGGACGGAGUGUGAGGGAAGUGGGCGGCAGAAAGCGGGCGGCAGAAGUGAUUGAGCUCUCAGAUGAUGACAAAGAGGAGGAGAAGGGAUCAGAUGAUGAUGUGGUGGAGGUGAGGGGGGGUGGAUGGGGGAAAGGUGCGAAGGGUGGUGGUAGAAGCAGCGGCAAGAAGCGACAGCGGGAGAAGGAGAAGGAGAAGGAGAAGAAAAAGGAGAAAAGGAGGUAUCGUCGUGGAAAGGGCCGGCGAUCACGGAAGGACAGCUCGAGUGAUGAUGACGACGAGGAUAAUGAGUCUGAUGAUAACGAGGAUGUGGAUGGGGAUGAGGAUGGGGAUUAUCGGGAUGAGGAGGACGAGGAGGGGGAGCAGGAUAACUCCCAGGGGCGGGGUGGGAUCCUGCAUGUACGGAGGAACCUCAGGAGAAGCAGCACAGGUGCAGCAGGAUCAACUGGAGCUGGUGGCAUUUCAAGCAUUCCGAGCCAUCCGAGCAAUCGGAGCAACCCACUGAAUCCGAGCCAGUCACUGGCUCUGGUGGCGCAGGCUGCAUCUGGGGCGGGCUUACCUCUUCCCGCCUCAGUCACGCAGGAACGGGCUGCUGCUGCUCUUGCUGCCGCCAUUGCAGCUGCUGCUUCCGUUGCCCGUGGUGACUCCCCCAAUGUUGCUGCUUACAACGCUACUGCUGCUGCUGGUGCCCGUGGGAGUGGGGGUGCUGGGUGGGGGGGUGCUACUAGGGGAGGGAUCGGUGGUGGGUCUGGUGGCGGGUUGGCUGGUGGUGCUGCUGCAAUGGGAGGUGCUGGUUUUGGGCAGUUACUGGGUGCUAUAAAUGCUGGUGUGAUGCGGAAUGCUGUUGGGAUGGUAAAUGCUGGUGGAGUGGGUAGUGCUGCAGCUACAGCCGCACCACCUGAUUCACCAGAGGCUGAGAUCACAGGUGCUACAGCCGCAUCUGUAGCAGCUACAGCCGCAUCACCUGAUUCACCAGAGGCUGAGAUCACAGGUGCUACAGCCGCACCACCUGAUUCACCAGAGGCUGAGAUCAGAGGUGCUACAGCCGCAUCUGUAGCAGCUACAGCCGCACCACCUGAUUCACCAGAGGCUGAGAUCACAGGUGCUACAGCCGCAUCUGUAGCAGCUACAGCCGCAUCUGUAGCAGCUACAGCCACACCACGUGAUUCAGAGGCUGAGAUCACAGGUGCUACAGCCGCACCACCUGAUUCACCAGAGGCUGAGAUCACAGGUGCUACAGCCACAUCUGUAGCAGCUACAGCCGCAUCUGUAGCAGCUACAGCCACACCACGUGAUUCAGAGGCUGAGAUCACAGGUGCUACAGCCGCAUCUGUAGCAGCUACAGCCGCACCACCUGAUUCACCAGAGGCUGAGAUCACAGGUGCUGAAAUUGAUGCCGUGGACGCCACCAUUGGCAAGCUCCUUGAAGGAAAGGAUUCUGACACACCUGUAGCUGCUACAGCUUGUGAAAAUGUGGAUGCGACAACUGAGGCUAAUGCUGUAGCUGCUACAGCCGAUGAGGUAAUGGCUGUAGCCGCUACAGCCAAUGAGGUAGUGGCUAUAGCCGCUACAUCUGGUGAGGAUACACAAGAAAAGAUGGAACGACAGGUGCCUAGAGCAACAGUCACGGAUGAUAUGGAAGUGGAUGGAGGUACCGCUACAGGCAGUAAGGCAGGGGAUCUCACAGUAGCUACAGCUGGUGAGACAGGGAAUGGCACAGCAGCACCUACAACCAACGAGGCUGAAGAUGCCACAGCAACGACAGCUGAUGAUGAGGCAGGAGGAGACGCCACUGUUGCGGCAAAGAACAUGGCUAGUCCAAAGGAGUGCCCACAGGGGAGGAAAAGGGCUAGAACCAGUCCAGAUGCUGACAAUGAUGAUGCAUGUGGUGCUACGGGCGAUGGUGCUACAGAUGGUGGUGAUGCAGGUGGUGGGGGUGCUGUUGCUGGUGCUACAGGUGAUGGUGCUACAGGGGAUGGUGAUGCAGGUGGUGGUGGUGCUACAGUUGUUGCUACAGGUGGUGGUGCUACAGACGAUGGGGAGUCAAAAGCGAUUGCGCCGAUGCAUGUGGGAGGCAAUGAGCACGAGGCAAAGGACGCAACGGAUGUGGAUGCGGAUGUGGAUGUGGAUGUGGGUGUGGAUGGAGGAGAUGAUACUGCAGCAGGUGAUGAUGGGGAGGCAAGAGGAGAUGAUGGUACGAAUGAUGUUGCACCUCAGCAUGGUGAGGCAAAGGACUCAAUUGAUGUUGAUGUUGAUGUGGAUGUGGAUGGAGAAGGAGAUGAUGCAGCAGCAGGUGAUGAUGGGGAGCGAAGAGCCACAGCGCCUGCUGCUAUCGCCCUAACUGCCUCUUGA